UAUUUGUCUAGAGACGAAGCACAAAUACUCAAUUGGUUAAACCCUAACCGGAAAAUCUCUCCGCCGUAUCUCUCUCUUCUGUCAUGGCGUUCUUCGACCUAAACAUACCGUACAGCUACCCGUCCCAAUCAGGCGGGAAGGAAGUCGCCGUCGCCGUCGCCGUCGCAAACAAACUCCGCGUAAAGCUCGCCACGAAAGCCAUGGAGCUAGGCUACGUCGGAAUCGCGCAUAACCAUUCGAUCGGAGGCGUAAUGACGGAGAAGGACUCUUGCACGAUCCCUCUUCUCACUCUCGGAUCUCUCAUCAAAGCCGCUCCGCGAUUAUCAUCAUCCGUCGCGUUCCAUCGCGACUUGCUCGGCGUCCCUCGAUCCACUCCGUUUCGGCAGUACACGCGCGUCACCGUCAAGUUAGAGAGCAAGGCUCAGUGCCUGGGGUUGAACUCCGGGAAUCCGGUUCUGAAGAGCUAUGAUAUCGUUGCCGUUAGGCCGAUGAAUCAGUACGUCUUCGAUCAAGCUUGUACGAAAGCUGAGGUUGAUAUCAUCUCGAUUGAUUUCUCUAAUUUGCCGUUUCGAUUGAUGCAUCCCACGGUUAAAGCUGCUAUUAAGCGAGGAGUUUACUUUGAGAUCAAGUACUCUGAUCUCUUAAAGGAUGCGGAGAAGAGAAGGCAAGUUAUAUCCAAUGCUCAGUUACUGGUGGAUUGGACUAAAGGGAAGAAUCUGAUUAUUUCGAGUGGUUCUCCUUCAGUCACUGAACUUAGAGGCCCAAACGAUGUUAUCAACCUCAUGUCUUUGCUUGGACUCUCUACUGAAAGAGCCAGAGCUGCAGUUUCAAAAAACUGUAGGAAUAUGAUAGCCAAGAUUUUAAAGAAGAAGCGGUUUCACAAAGAAGCUGUCAAGGUUGAGUUACUUUCUUCUAGUGACACCUUUGGUCUCGAACAGCCUCCGUCUGGAGAUUUCAUGAAAUGGGAUCCCAUCUCAAGUGGCGAAGGUGACAUGCUCUUGGAAGAUCUCGCAAAGGCUUUUGAUGCCACCACACGUGCUGUGGCGCACAAAUCCUCUAAGGCGAUUGAUAUCACCUCUGAUCGUAAAGACUUGUCAUCACAUGGUUUCCGGCUCACUGAUAUUCUAGGAAGUGAACCUUCGACUCAGCCACCUUCAGCUAAGAUGAUUGACGACGCACUGGUGCACUGUAAGAGUCAAGUUUCUGAUGCAUGUAUGGCUGAUUCAGAUAUACCUUCAUCUGUUGAUAAUCGUCUGGAAAACGAAACCAUUAGCCAAAUUGAGAUAUCUGAAGAUGACAACAAAGUGGAACCUACAACUAUUGUCCCCCUGAGGAAAUGCAGUACCAGCCAGGGACAGGGGCUUUUGGUGCAAGAUCAAGCAGCUGCAUCCUUUACACUGAUAAGAUGCACAAAGUCUGAUGCAGCUUCUGAUGGCAACAUGCAGACUGACUUGGAGUCAGAAGAUAAAUCAAUGUCGCCAUCAAAAAGCGGCCACGGAGUCUCACAAAGUCCUGUUGAAAAAUUAAACAUGGAAACUAUUCUUGUUCAUGAUGAAGUCUUAUUGGACAGAGUCAGCAAAGAAGAAGUUAUUUCUGGUCAUGCUAAGAUUGAGCACUCUGUAUCAAUUGAUGGCGAUGAGAUGGAAAUCGAUGGUUCUUUGGAAGCAAAUCAUGACCAGUACAUGGAGGUGACAGUGGAAGACCAGAAGCAUGAAACAGGUGACAGUAAUAUAAAUCUUUCUAACUUAUCCUCCUCGGAGGCUACUGAUUUGCUAAGAAAUUCAGACAACUCUCUCAGUCCAGAGGCGGCUGGACAAGAAGACCAUGACCAAGUACCAAGCUUAGACUCCAGUGAGGCAGAGCUUGGGGAAGAACCAGCAGUUCCAUACAACAACACCAUUGAAAUAUCAAUGGAAGACAAGAAAGAAAGCGAGAGAGAAAUUGAAACUAAUCAACAAGCCCAUGUUCAGUCCUCUGAAAGAAACAAUGCUAGAAACUCAGGAAAGAUACGAGCUAAGAGGAGUAGAACUCGAUUAACCCAGCUACAACCUUUGAAGCCUUUUCUACUUCAUCGUUUCAAACAAAUCAGUAAAAGACGAAAACAUAGAAGAGGUUGAGUAUUGUCUUAAACCCUAGCGAAGUUUUGCUCAUUUAAUUUAAACCCACACAAGAAUUUUUUAAUUUAUUUCUGAAAGAUUAUAGUUGGCUUCUUCGUGUACUCGUGCUUUAAAAACACUUUUGCUUAAAAUAAUAAAAAGAAA